CCUCCAUAAGUUGACCCACCGCCCCGGAUUCCCAUAACUUAGACUGCGCAUUGACGACAGUUCCGUCCCUAUACAUCAUCAAUCAUCUCCGUUUACUCAUUACCAUUAAUUGCCUGAUACUACCAUGUUACCUGCAAUCUUCCUAGCCCUCGCUCUCGCCUCCUUAUCCUUAUCCUCCGCCCGCGACGUCCCCCUCAACCUACAAAACCUCUACACCAAACUACUCAAACAGAAAUCAUGCAAGCACCCUUUAGCCUCGGGCUUCUACAGCACCGAAGACGGCCCCAACACCUUCUCCUACUGCGCCGACCACCUAUCCGACUUCCAGAUCCUCUACAUCCGCGGCCGCGGCAAAGGGCGGCUAGCCAACAUGGACGUGGACUGCGACGGCGUUCAGGGCGGCGCGGGAGAUGACGGAAGAUGUUCCAUCGGUGCAAGCCCGGAUUACCAGGGGACUACGGCUUUCCAAGAGACCGUGGCGUCGUAUAACGUUUCGGGCGGCGUGGAGGAUCUGAAUACCUAUGUUCAUCCGUACGUGGUAUUUGGGAAUGAAGCUGAUAACAUGGAAACGAAGGAGUGGAAUGUUUUCGAUCCGGGGGCGCACGGGGUUGAGCCGUUGAGCGUGAUGGCUGUGGUGUGCGGCGAUGGCGGCAGCAAGUUGGUUUAUGGGGUGUGGGGCGAUACGAAUGGGGAUGAUGGGGAGAAGGCGAUGGUUGGGGAAGCGAGUCUCGCGCUGGCAACGGCUUGUGGAGGGAAGAGGAUGUCAGGGAGUAAUGGGAUUGAUGAGGAGGAUGUGCUGUAUUUGGCGUUUACGGGGACGGAGGCGGUGCCGGGAGCGAAGGGGGCGAAGUGGGACGCGGGAAGCUACGAGGAGUUCGAGAGGAGUAUUGAGGGGUUGGGGGAUCAGUUGAUUCAGAGGAUUGCGGCGGAUGGGAAGGCGUCGGGGACGGUGAGGGUGUCGUGGGGAUUGAUGAUUUGGAUGUUUGCGGCUUUGGUGGGUGGUCACUUGGGCGCUUACUGGAUUUAGGGAGGCAUGUGCUUUGGAUCUUGCGCGGGCGUGGUGUUUGGAAUCGAUGGGGCUUGGAUGGGACUUGGAUCUGGCGUAAUUUUGGAAGAGGUAUUGGACUUGCUGAAUGAAAGUUAUUUCAUUGUGCCCGCUGCGGUCUUUCAGAGGCGAUGCCGGAGACCACGGACUUGAUCCCAAUAACCCUUAUCCAGCUGCACAACAAGGUGUCACUCGACGGAAUGUUCUUUGCAUGGAAUCAGAAGCUUCUUAUCACUCC